GCAUCACUGUUUGUCAAAAUUAUGAUUUCAGUCGAAUUGUGUUCACAAUUUCUUGGGUAAAAACCAUGAAUUUGAUCAAAUUCACACACGAGGCGUCAUGAAGUCGUCCCAGGGGCCGCUCUAAGUCACGUUGAAGUCAUUUUAAUUGGUGAAAAUGGGAGGUUAUGUGCAAUUGACUCGGGUUCUGGGCACCCUUUUGAAAAUGAUUUUGAAAGUGUGGGCCUAUUCAGGCCUCGUUUUGGUGUUUUGUUUCCUGUUGUAUUACGUAUACGGGGGCGUUUUCGCCGUGGUUUUGCUGUUUUUUGCCUUAACAGGGGUUUUGUAUCACGUUCAAGACAAUUUUUUGUUCUACCCCGAAUUACCUAGUCAUUCGCGUGUUUACGUUCCGAUUCCGUCGACUUUAGGCCUUCCCUACGAAACGGUGCAGACUAGAGGCAGUGAUGGGGUUUUGAUUCACAUGUACUUUAUACAUCAGCCCAAAGAUAGACAACGAUUAUCACCAACGAUUGUGUUUUUUCACGGAAAUGCCGGGAAUAUGGGGCAUAGGUUGCAGAACUGCAGGGGGCUGUAUCACAACCUCCACUGCAACAUACUUUUAGUUGAAUACAGGGGCUAUGGUCUGUCCGAGGGGCACCCGACCGAAGAGGGGCUCUACCUGGACGCAAAAGCCAGUCUCGACUAUAUUUUAUCUCGGAGUGACGUCAACCACUCUGAAAUAAUCGUUUUUGGACGCUCCCUAGGGGGCGCUGUUGCGGUCGAUUUAGCAAGUAGAGAAGAAUACGCCAGUAAAAUCUGGUGCCUAGUCAUUGAAAACACAUUCACUAGCAUCCCAGACAUGGCUAAAGUCCUUCUGGGGUGGCGUCUACUUCAGUAUUUCCCCUUAUUUUUCUACAAGAACAAAUUUUUGUCAUAUCACAAAAUGAAGUUUUUAAGAGUUCCAACUUUAUUCAUAUCAGGGAUGGCCGAUUCGUUAGUUCCUCCACGCAUGAUGUCAGAAUUGUACAACAAUUGUCGAAGUGUGAGAAAACAGUUGUUGCAAAUUCCAGAUGGGACGCACAAUGAGACAUGGACAGCUCAAGGUUAUUAUCAUUCUUUGGCCGUUUUCUUGCAGAAUUGUCGGAUACAGAUGGAGGAAAAGGGCGAUUUUAGCAAUAAAAUUGAUAUUAGCGGCUGGAACAAUGUACAAAAUAUUUGAGUUUUUAUGGUUUUUUUAUUUACGUCCAAAGAAAUGUGUACAUAUUUUAUAGCAUUUAUUGUCUGCGCCGUUUUACUUUUGCUAAUAAAUUCCUUUUUGACAUUU